CAUUUCUCUUUCCUUACAAGUCCAAUCACCUGUUACUUUCUCUGUUCUUCCUUUCACUCCCAUUGGCCAUUUUCCCUUUCCUUUCUAACUAACGCAUUUCUUUUGCCACACCUUUCUCAUUCUUCACCUCUCUUCCUCUUUCACUUUCACUCCACUCUCCCUUUUCAAAUGAACUCUUUUUAUAUGCUGCAAGGUGUACUUGAACUUUGAAUUGAAUUGCAGUCAUAGAAGAAGGAAAAAAAAGUGAUUUUUUGAUAUGGGUUCUUGUUCUUCUGUCCAAAGGAACUCUCUUUGUUCUACAACUGUUGAUAAGCUUGUGAUUCUUCCAUCACCCAUCAAAGAUAAACCCAAAAAUGAUAACUUUAUCAUCGAUCAUGUUUCUCUUAAGUCUCAAUCAACUAACACCUUCCAUGGUAGCAGAGAUGAAGCAUUUUUUGAUUCCAAGGGCUGGUUAGACUCAGAUUGUGAUGACGAUUUCUAUAGUGUCAAUGGUGAUUUCACCCCAUCUCGGGGAACCACUCCAGUGCAUCACACAUUUGGGACCCCUGCCAUCAACAAAACCCCUUCUCGUCAUAUAGCUCCGGAGCCAUCUCCAAAGAAAAAGAAUUUGUUAGAACUUUUUAGAGAAAGUGUAAGAGAAGUGCCAAAUGAUGAAGUAGGAAAAACUUUCAGCAAUGAAGAGAAACAAGUUAAACCAAAAAUUUUACAUGAUGUUCUUAAUAAAUCUGCACAAAGUACUCCUUAUAUCUCCGGUAGCAUUGAACAAACCAUGAACGAUGAAAAUGAAUCGGUUAAGCCUGUGCAGUGUUGCCUUCCACGCUUGGGUAGCUUUAGUGAGAGGAGAAGGAAAGCUAGUCUUGAUAUAGCAGCAAAUGGAAAAGCUUGAUUUCUAGUGCAAUGUAUCUAUGUAUUUAUAAGACAUGUUGGAAAUUGGAAGGUUAAACUUUCAAUUAGUGAAAUGAAUUUGAUGAUAACGUGCAUCUUUAUCAAGUCCUUGUAAAGAGUUAAAUAGUUAUAUGAAUUUGGAAGCAUGUAAAUAUGAAGGGAUGUUUUAUGUCAAUAAGCAAUGAGAUUUUUGUUUCAUAAUCAA